CGGCCGAUCCCAGCACCUAGGGUUCUCUUCUCCGUCGGCCAUGUGGCCCAUGAGAUAAGACGCCCUCACAGUCACACCCCACGCACGGCUUCUCUUCCUCCUCGCUCCGCCGCCGCCUCGCCUCUACGCUCGCUCCGCCGCAGACUUCGCUCGCUAAGAUGGCUGUGCCGUUGCUGACGACGAAGAUCGUGAAGAAGAGGGUCAAGCAGUUCAAGAGGGCGCACAGCGACCGCUACAUCGGACUCAAGACAAGCUGGCGCAGGCCGAAGGGUAUCGACUCCCGUGUCAGGCGGAAGUUCAAGGGAUGCACCUUGAUGCCCAACAUUGGAUAUGGUUCUGACAAGAAGACUAGGCACUACCUUCCCAACAAGUUUAAGAAGUUUGUUGUCCACAAUGUCUCUGAACUGGAGCUGCUUAUGAUGCACAACAGGACAUACUGUGCUGAGAUUGCCCACAACGUCUCCACCCGCAAACGCAAGGAUAUCGUCGAGCGUGCUGCGCAGCUCGACAUUGUGGUCACCAACAAGCUUGCCAGGCUCCGCAGCCAAGAGGACGAGUGAAACUCUACUUAGCCUACUACUAGUCCUGAUUACUUUGUCUGUAGGCAGUACAACCUGCUUUGAGAAAUUUUACCACCGUUUUUGCGUCCCUGCUAGAUUUAAUGUACCAACAAUCGUUUUGCUACGAGCAACGGCGAAUGCUAUCUGGUUUUAGCAGUCGCUCUUCAUGAGUUGUGCAACAAAUCUGUCGACAUGUCUCAAUUGAAAAUCGAUCACAAGCUUUUGCUUGCA